AUGAGCCACUCGAUCAUAGUCUCGAACGUGCCAGAAGAUGUUAGUGACGGCUCCGUCGAUCGCUUUAUCCGGGAAAUGGCGGGCGAUGCUGCUGUGGUGCACAUGCAGCCCUUCCCAGAUCAGUACCACUACGUCAACGAUAGUAACGGAACCAAGACGAUGCAGGUCUUUUUCGCAACUGCGUCCGAAGCGCACUCGGCCAACCUCUUAUUCCAGAGCCCUCAUAUCGAGGAGGACUUGGAACGUGCACAGCAGUCGUUCCAUGGAAGUUCCAUCUCCAAUUCCGACGCCAGCGUGCCAAGAACCAUGUCCAAAAUGGACACUUGGGUCGAGGAAACACCCAACGAGGGCGUUCGCACCACCAAACGUCGCAUCAGCGUGACUAUGAUUUGA